AUCAACGUAUUUUCAACGUUUGUAUAACGUUGUAUGCCUGCUGGGUAAAUGUUUCAGGUCAUAAGGAGGCGUAGCUGACCGUGGACUUCGGGGAUAAGAAGAAUAUUGCAUUCAUUUCUUUCAAACACGUUGGUUAUUUGUUUAAUACAGAAAAGGCCUCUAGCAAUAACGUUUAAUUUUACAACAAAAACAACGAAACCUUAAUCAUGACGACAUAACGAUGCUGAGCUUGAAGCUGUUUGUUUCCGAUGUCGAUCGUCUAACACGUGUUUAACCAAUAUGAAUGCCAGCGACAGUCAUAUCUUUGAGGACAUUGAUGAAAGUGGGGCAGUGAAAAACGUCCAGCGCUUACACAAAAUCGUAUCUUGCGUAUUUGGUCUGUUUUUUGGAACCAUUGGAAUUCCUGGUAAUUUGUUAUCAUGCUACGUGUGGCGUAGUCCAAAAAUGACGUCAUCUACUACGUUUCUUAUGAUGAUGAAAUCGAUUAAUGACGUCAUAGUGUGCUUGUUAUAUAUUACAAUUGAACCUUUGCCGUUAUACUUCCCUGAGAUUGUUAAAUCCUCUUCAUAUGGAAUAUAUUUUUCUUUCGCUGGGUUGCCUUUAUUUUCAGUGUUUACUUAUGCAAGUAACUGGAUGCUAGCGGCCGUAACUACGGAUCGAUUUUUUAAAUUGUACAAACCAUUCAUUCAGCAAGGGCGGAACUCAAAAUACGCAACUUACAUCGGGGUUUCCUGUCUAUAUCUUGUGUGUUCCCUCAUGGCUAUUCCCAUUUUUUUCAAGUUCCAACUGAAUCCGGAGCAGUUGUCAGUGAAUGGCCAAUCAACAUUAUCGACCACUCCUUUCAGCAAAUCAAGCGGUUAUUUUAUGUGGGAAAUCUGGGUGCACUGUUGGUUUUUGAUGGCACUACCUUUAUCUGUGACAGUAACAGUCAGUUUCUUAAUACUUCGACAAAUCAAGAACUCUGAACAAAAUCAUGGCGGAAAAAAGAAUAUGAAUAUUCAAAUAACACGAAUGAUCUUGAAAACUGUAACCUUCUUUGUAAUACGAAUAGCUGUACAGUGUAUAGGACAGUGUCUUCUUCUGGCUUUCGUGAGCGAUAAACGGAUUUCGCAUGAACUGGUAUGGGUGACAAAAGUGGGUAAAAUCAUUAAUUGUUCAGUAAAUGUAUUCAUUUACUGCAAAUGCAAUGAAUACUUUAGAAAAACCUUGAUUAACAUUUUUGACAUGAAGAAAAAAGUUGACAUUCCGGCAAGAACAGAAAAGAAGACAGAAGACUGCAUCCAGACCGAGUUGAUUACAAGAAUUUAACAGCGAGAUUGAACUGAAAUCCCGUGUCAUUAUGCUGGUGUAAUUACAUUCUAACUUACAUGUCCGUUUUUUUUGUCUGUGAUAUAAGGUAGUCAGAUCGGUUUUGAAAAUUUCACGUCACCCAAUUGCAACUAUGAAAUUAACAGAAAACAUAAUAUGCAAAACGGUGUGACCGUUGGACCGAGCGCAGAUUUAACACAGUGCAGUUUGAUAUUUGUACAACAAUUUAUAUGAAACGCAUACAGUAGGAUCCGCCUGGUUCCCUACUUACAUAAUUUGCGAAAAUUUAACUAUGCAUCAAGUGCUCAAUCUACAAUAUGAUGUCAUGUUCCGGAUGUAAAACGUACAUGUUUUGUCUUUGGAUAUAGCCGAAAAGAGUUACGUUAAUCCAAACUUCUUUUUUUUUUCUUUCAUUGUUUAUCAAGUUAAUUCAUAGUAAUGCCGCGGUAAUAGAAUUGAAUACUUUAUUCAGUAUCAAUAAGAUCAGUUUUUUGAUGUUAAUGUUUUUAUUUUCCAUCUGAUAAUUUGAUAAUACAUACAUAGAACAAGUCGUGUUUCUUGAUUGAAGCACUAUUGAAACCUAUCUGGUGUCCUCUUUUAUUUCUUUUAAUUAAUAGAACCUUCUAUUGAAACACUGGGACAUUUUUAUCGAGUUUAGGGGCAAUAAACAUCGAUGAGUAUCAGUCAAUCAAUGAAAGAACUAACUUUUUAAAAACAAAAUGGCUGCCAAUAUGGCGGCGCACAGGGCUGAUAGAAAUGUGUGUUGGCCUAAGUACCUCUGACUUAUAUUUCAUUUGCUUUUUUUUUUAUAUAUACGUGCUACCAUUUAUCAUCGCUUCGCUAGGCGGGCAUCGCCUGCCUCUCGCUGCGCUCGGUAAAAACUCAAUAACAACAUAUUAAGCAUACAUUUACUACCUAUAGAAUCGAAUGUAAUUAAAUAUAUUUGUUGGGUCUUUAAUGAUUUCCUUUUUUAUUCUAUUUGUAACAUCUAUUCAUAUGAGAAAUUUAGAUCACAAUAUGUUCUAUAUUAAGUUGACCCAAUCACAGAAUAUUUUCAAUCUAAAUGUUUGAUACCAUUUUUUCUUUGAUUGGACCACUAGACUAAUAACAAAUAAUUAACCUAACAAAAUAUUAAGGUGGUAUGGUACACAUAUCGAUAUUACAGAAGAUACAAAUAAACUAUAAAAAAAAUACUUCACCAGUUAAGAUUUUACAAUAUUUGACUAAAUAAUAUGUAAUAACUAGACACGAGCUCGUUGCAAGCAACGAUUAGGUCGUCCGUCGUACCUGCGCCAUACUUUUGACGUAAUACAAAAAACUGAUACCUGAUCAUGGUACAAUAUCAGAUGUAUACAUAUCUUUAAACGUUGUCUAUAGUUUGAUUCGCUGCAUGUUUUUCACACAGUGGGAAUGCCCGGUAUGUAGGUAAAAAGACCAUUGGCAAACAUUUUACACGGAUUUUUAUCGAACGCAAACGCAAAUGAAUCUUUUAGGAGAUCCUGGAAAUUUUACAGGGGUUUUUGAAGAAUAAUUUUGUUUUUCGAGGAGGGGGAGCAUGCGCGGAUCAUAAAUUUUCCGGGGGUAGGGGUUGAGGGUCUGACAGUUAUUUGAGUUUGCCAGGGGAUGGUCGAGGUAAAUUUUGUAAAUUUAUAAUGUACAUGUAAUUGAAAGAAAUUUUGCGGGUAGUGGGUGGGUGGCUGGAACCCUCCCCCUUCCCUUCUAGAUCCACGCAUGGGAAGACCAAUGCCGGUAAUUUUACGGUAAUUGUAACCAUUUUUAUUUAAUUAUUCAUUUUCAAAAUUAUCGGAAUGCCAAUAUAACCUUUCAACACACUGCCAGUUAAAACUAAAGAAACGAACCAUUAAGUCUCGGUGAGUAUUGCGUCCACGUACGAAAGAAAUGGCAAUUUUCAAGAAAUUAGAAUGGACGAUCUGGGUACCAGAUCGUCCAUCCACUUCUUUUUCAGACUAAGAGCUACAGACCUGCAAUUAGAGAUUGUCAAACUCUUAUUGAUAUGUCAAUUCAUUUUGUCUCAAAGAAUCAGGUUUUUUUUAAUCAAUAAAGUUUUAUCUUAAUUAAAAAGAAAUCGGGCACAAUUUUCAAUGUAAGCAUUUUACAAUUUAAUGGUGUAAUAAAAUUUUGUAUGAAGUUUCAAGAUACCACUCUUCAUUGCUUUAUCCGAAAUAUUGCAUGGAAAAAAGAAUUCAUAUCGCAUUUCUUUUUUCAAAUUACAAAAAGGAUAUGCGAAAUGAACCAAGAUUAUCCGCUAACAAACAAGCAUUAAGAGAGACUGAGAACUAAUUUCUUCUUUUUUUACAUCAAAAAGGCAAAAUAUGUUGUUUUUUUUUUCUUUAUAUUUCUUUAUGAAAACGUAGAUCAGCAAGGGGUUCCUUUUCGUGCAAGCACCUACUUAAUAGAUUGUUACACGGAUCUACAACGAUGUCAAAUAAUGAAAAGGCAAUAUUAUGGGUAGAGGAUGAAUGUGUAGUUUGUUUUUUAGGUUUAUUUCUGAUACAUGUAAUAAUAUAUAUCUGGAUCAAUUUUGUUUUUUGGUUUCUUUUGUUUAUUAAA